GACAAGGAGGAGCAAGCUAGGAGACGUGRGAUGGAGGAAAGAAGGAAGAUGGAUGAGUUGAUCAAGCAGGAGAUAGAAAGGAAUUCGGAGGCGUUAGAGGCUAGGGUCAUGACGCGGAUUGGGAGGCAGUACUUGGUAUCAAGGGACGGCGCCGGAAGGGAAGAGCUUCGUUCCCCGYUGAUCCGCACACCGCGACCUAUCUACAAGGAGAAAGAGUAUGGCGACGACUCUGACAUAGGAUUGGAGGAAAUUGAUGACGAGAUAGCUAAAUUGUACGAGUUGCGCGAGAAGAAGCGUAAAGGUAAGAUGGCUAUGGAUGGAUCGCAGCGUGGUUUCCGGCGACCCCUUUUUAGGGGUGAUCAUGAGGAUGUGCCCGCCGCRGGUGAGACGUCCAAGCAAGGGGAAGAUCGUGGGAGGACGAAAGUAGCUGCGGGGAGUGGCCCGGAUGGUGUGUUGGAUUUUGUACUUACCCAGCGGAGGUUGUUGAUGCGCAAGAACAAGAACCAGCUGAAGGUGAUCUACAACCAGGAAGGAGUGCAGUACACUAUGAAGGAACCGACUAUUGAUAAGAUUAUCGAAGUCCGUACAAAGCUUGCCUAUGAAGGUUUCAUCUUCACACCUGCUACUCCUGAUUCUGGUUUGGAUGAUGAUCACACUCCGCUUAGAUGAAUCGGAAAUUUUUCUAGAAUGAUGCUCUGGAAGAAUUUGUUGCAUURCAUGGAGCUCAGGAAUCGAGCAUGGGAAUGGGGAG